AUGAGAUUCAGGGUGAGGGGAAAUCUUAGCCCUAGGUAUAUUGGGCCUUUUGAGAUCCUCCAUACAGUUGGUGAGGUUGCAUAUGAGUUGGCUCUACCUCUAGUAUUCUCAGCUAUCAACCUAGUUUUCCAUGUUUCAAUGUUGCGCCGGUAUGUUCCUGAUGAGUCUCAUGUGCUUCAGUAUGAUGCAUUAGAGCUAGAUGACUACUUGACUUUCAUGGAAGAGCUAGUUACCAUACUAACCAGAGAUGUGUGCCAGUUGCGUUGGAGAGUCAUCCCUAUGGUUAAGGUCCGUUGGAGGCAUCGUCUAGUUGAUCAGGCUACCUAG